AAAAUCUUAAACACCAACAACUAAAUUUGAAUACUGAUGUUACCCUUCUUCGUGUUUUCCUCAAUAUUUCCACUUCACCAUCAUAUCUCUCUCUUUCAGCGCCGCUUCGUAAUUCAUCAACUUCGUCACGUGCCCCUGCGCGCGUGACGAAACUUUCUCGAAGCAGCAUCCUACUCCUCAGAUCGAACUCCAUCCCUCUCCGCGAUCCAAUUCCUUCCACAUUCAUUCAAUCCGAACAACUUCUCCAAAACGUGCUUUCAUUCUCAACUCCUUUUCUUCUCUUCAGUUUCGUUAAUUCCAAUAAAUUGGUACUGAAAAUGGUUGAAGAGAAAGCAACGGUUACUACUGAAAAUGCUACUACUACUACUGAGGAAAACGGAAAGAAGAAGCGUAAUAAGAGUUUAAUUUCGAGAAUUUGGAAGUUUAUAUUUAGGUCUAAUGAAAAUGAUUUGGAGAAGAGGCUUCAGUAUAUUUCGAAACAAGAAGCUUCUGUUUUGAGUAGAAUGAACAAGAGAUCCCGUUUCUUGAGACGAACCUCUCGCCAUAUUAUUAUUUUUUCUGUUUUAUUUGAGGUCAUUGCCAUAGCUUAUGCGAUUAUGACAACACGAUCCAUGAAUAUGAAUUGGAAAAUGAGGGCGAUUCGAGUUGUUCCGAUGUUUCUUUUGCCUGCCUUAUCAUCUGCUGCUUAUUCAACAUUUGUAAGCUUCAUAAGGAUGUGUGAUCGCAGGGACCAGAAAAAUCUUGAUAGGCUGAGAGCUGAAAGGAAGGCAAAAAUUGAUGAGCUCAAAGAGAAAACAAAUUAUUACAUUACUCAACAACUCAUUCAGAAAUAUGACACUGACCCAGCAGCAAAGGCAGCUGCUGCAGCUGUUUUGGCAUACAAGUUGGGUGAAGAUUCGGGUUUGAAAGUGCAUAUGGAAGAUGAAUCUAAAGUUGGGGCUCCUGCAGGAAAGUCUAACAAAGUUGAACGUGUGCAGUCUACUGGACUUCGAAAUCGCAAACAAGUGCAAACUCAGUCCACUACCCCAAAUCAUCCUGAUCAACAAUUAGUUGCUUCUAGGGGAAUCGAUCAAACUCAGACUCUUGUGCAGAAUGAACUUUUAGUUGUUGAGCAUCACCAACCUCAAAGCUCAACAAAGCACUAUGGAGGGUGGAUUGCUCGUAUUGCAGCUUUGCUUGUGGGUGAGGAGGAUCCAAUGCAGUCUAACGCGCUCAUAUGUGGUAACUGCUAUAUGCAUAAUGGUCUUGUUCGGAAAGAGGAUUUCCUAUUUAUCACUUACUACUGCCCCCACUGUCACGCACUGAACAAACCAAAGCAAUUGGCUGAGACCAUCUCCGCUUCUAAUUUGCCUAACACGGAGCCCCCAAAAACAAAUGACGGAGAGGCAGUUAAAAAUGCUAGUAUUUGUGCUUCUGACAGCUUGGUUAGAAACAUUAAACCUGUAAAUGAGACCCCUGUGAUUGAGCACAUAUCUGAAGAGGAUAGUUUAGUGAAAGAAGAAAGCCAGUGAAAAGGAAGCUUCAUUUGGGGACGAGCACAUGACUUGUCCAUUGUUUCAUUAAAAGGACUAACUCUGAGGAGACCAACUUGGCAGUUGGUUUUGUAACAGGAAAAGUGUCGACAUAUUACUUUGAAACUUGUAUUAAUAUAUGAAUAAUAACAUUUAGAUAGCAUAUCUAGUGAGUUAUGAAAAUUUUGGGAUUUGAUUUUUAUUUUUGAUGUUUUCUUGUUUAGUAAAUUGGUUGGGACAGUCUUAGCUUAAAGAGUUGAACUGCAUGGAAGAGUCAAAUAAUUUAUCAGUUUUGUUUAAA